GGCCGCCAUGGAUUGGAAAACGCUGCAGGCGCUGCUCAGCGGGGUCAACAAGUACUCCACGGCCUUCGGCCGCAUCUGGCUCUCUGUGGUCUUCGUCUUCCGCGUGCUGGUCUACGUGGUGGCAGCCGAGCGUGUGUGGGGAGACGAGCAGAAGGACUUUGAUUGCAACACGCGGCAGCCAGGCUGCACCAACGUCUGCUACGACCACUUUUUCCCCAUCUCCCACAUCCGCCUCUGGGCCCUGCAGCUCAUCUUUGUCACUUGCCCUUCCCUCCUGGUUAUCAUGCACGUGGCCUACCGAGAGGACCGUGAGAAGAAGAACCGGGAGAAGAAUGGGGAGAAUUGCCCCAGGCUCUACAGCAACACGGGCAAGAAGCACGGCGGGCUGUGGUGGACCUACCUGCUCAGCCUCUUCUUCAAGCUUAUCAUAGAGAUCCUGUUCCUCUACCUCCUCCACAAGAUGUGGGACAGCUUCGACUUGCCACGGCUGGUCAAGUGCUCCAACGUGGAGCCCUGCCCCAACACUGUAGACUGCUACAUCGCUCGGCCAACUGAGAAAAGAGUCUUCACCUAUUUCAUGGUCGGAGCCUCCUCCAUCUGCAUCGUCCUCACCAUCUGUGAGAUCUUCUACCUCAUCUUCAAGCGGGUUGUCCGGAGUGCACGGAAGUGGAAGAAGUCCACCAAGCGCUCUGUCAGCUACAGCAAGACCUCCACCUGCCGGUGCCACCUCAAGACAGAGGAGAAGGACAACAAGUCCCAGACUAGAGGAGAGGAGCUGUGAGCUCGCCUGUCCAGCCAGCUCACCUUCCCCUUGGCCCAGCAGUUUCUCAAGCCUGCCGAGUCCCCGAACCCUCAAGAGUCGACCCGUGUGAAAAAUGACUAAACCCAACAAACUAAAGACCCCCGAGAGAGGCCCACGGGUGCCCGAGCAGACGCAGGUAAGGCAAGGGCAGCCCCGGAGCUCUGCUGGCUGCCACGGGGCUCGUACAUCACACCAACGCACAGACGCCAUGCACAACUCUGCCGAGCAGCCAGCCCCGCCGUGGCAGCCAGCGCUGUCCGGCCUGGCAGCGAGCCCAGCCAAGAGCUGCAGGGAUGAAGCUGGGAGGGCACAUGGGACUGGG